AUGCAACGAGUGCCAUCCGCGUCUUCAGAACAACUUGAUCAGAAAACCGACACCAUAGUCCCUUCUUCCUCCUUUUCCUCAUCUCACCAUGGCCUUCUGCAACAUGAACUCAGCGGCAACCUUCGAGUCCAGCCCACAGAGCCCACCAACCGGUCCCGUUGCGCCUCUCCCUCCUCUGCCCGUCAUGAGCGACGCGAGUCUCUUGAUGAAGUCAAUGCCGACCAACUCGACAACAGACUACGCCGAUUGAGCCUUCAGGUCGAGCACGGUGCCGUAAAUCGCCGUCCUGCCGCUGGGCAAAGAGUUUCCGAUUACGAAAAUGCCCUGACGCCUCCCUCCACCUGGCAAGCUCUGGGUUUCAAGGUCGUUCGACGCUCCGGCUCGUCCGCCGGCAUACAACUCACAGACUUCCCAAACGAAAUCUUGACCCUCGUCUUGUCCCAUCUGCAUCCCGACUCUCAUGCAGCCGUAGCUCUGGUAUCGAAGCGCCUCUACGCGCUAGUAACGACACCACACGCAUGGCGCAUGGCCUUUAUGCGGCAUUUCCCUGGGCACACGUGUUUGGAUUCCAAAUCUGCCAACAGGGCAGAUCUUUGGGCUGAGACAAGGUCCGAUGUUGUGCGAUCCGAUGUCCGACACUUCGCUCGACUGACGGCCUUGGCUACUUGGCGUAGCGAGUACCUGCUCCGAACGCGUCUUCUGAGAAGUCUAGCUCGUGGCAAACCCGAAGCCAAUGCAGGCGGAAUCGGAUCGGCAGGAGGUGCGCCAGCUAAACCUACCAAGUCCAGGAGUGCUGUCUUGACAUACAACUCAAAGUUGCCGUGGCUCGUCACCAGCGUCCAUGCGGUGUUCUCCAACGGCAAAAAACCGCCUCGGGCUGUUCAAGGAGCCGGCAACGUCGGCAUGGCCACCAUGAGCGACCCCACUACAGGCAGGAUUGAAAAAUGGGGCUUGGAAGACCCGUUUUCGUCUGCUCAGCUGCAAGAAGUUGUACCCAACCUCGUGCCUUAUGGCUUGGGCCAGGGCCCGGCUGCGGCCCCCAAUGUCAUGGACGUCAGCCAGCCUUACGGCAUCAUCGCCGGCGAAGGAUUCCCUGGGGGGCGCGCCUACUUCAGGGCCGUGAAUGAAUCAUGUGGCCGAUACUUGGGCAGUGACACUGGGGCCGUCGACGGGUAUCCCGACGUGCCCAAAAUUCCCGCAAUGUCAGAGUCCGUCUGCAGUGUCUGGAUUGCAAAGUCAUCAGCUGUCCCCGCUGUCACGCAGUCCAUGUUUGGUAUGCUCACAGGCUCCGCCCUAGGUGUUGUCACUGCGUACGCAAACGGCGGCGAGCAGCCCAAUGGCCCGCGAUAUGCCAACGGCGACAUGACUGCUCGGUGGGUCCUGAGCCCCGGCGUGCCCAUCAUCUCGCUCAAAGUGGACGACAACUACAGCCCGAAGCGGAAGUCGUCCUCGAGAGUCUGGGCCGUGGCAUUGAACGCCCUCGGCGAGGUCUACUACCUGACCUCGACCCCCUUGGUUACUCUCAACCGCGGCAACGGUGAUCAAGUGGCCAGAAAUGCAUGGCUCGCCGGCAGAACCGCGUAUUGGCACCUUGUGGAGUCGACGAGGCGCCGUCCUCGACCUGACGAGCUGGACAAACGCGAUGUGCGUGGAGCUUAUACGCCGCCGCGGUCGCCAUCGAAUGACAUGCACCUAAGCAAAGACCAACUCGUAGCGGAAGCUCGAGAGAUUGAAAAGUUCCUUCUGCACAAGCCAUGUCAUUUUCGCAAAGUCUGUGAGGGCUGGGACAUGCGACGUAGGAUAGAGGUUGAUUUUGCCAGUGAUGACGGCCAAGGAGCCGGCGAAAGUAUCUUUGUCAUUGACUGCGGUCUGGCCGACAAGUCCCCGGCCCGAGUCUUGCGAUAUUCUCGUUUCAAUGCCGCCCCUCAUACACAGCAGCAGCAGCAGCAACGACAAACUAACGGAUCCCCGUCACCGGAAGCUGAUGUAGCCACUUUCGCAGAGUCUCGGCCGUCGCUCUUUGGUCCAGCUGAAUCACCACUGGCAAUUGAUUGCCAAACCCCGCAACCCCCAUUGCCGCCGACGCGUCUGCCGCCUCCCACUCUCCCGGCGGGACUGGCAGCUGGUGUCGCUUCCAGCCCCCACGAAUGGGGUUGCACAGUGUUUGACCUCAAGGGGUUCCAGCCAGCGGCAAAUGUCACGGCCAGCUGCCUCGACUGCUCGUCUCAGUCGCUACUGACACUGUCAGAGGAUGCACUGGAAGGCGCAAAGGUUUCUCCUCCCGGCACAGUCGCAGCUACUUCGACCCCGGUCGCCGCCUCCCCUGGAGGCAAGUCUGAACAAGUAGCCGCCGAGGUUCCCGGCCGUCGAGCACGUUUCCUGGUCAUUGGCACGGACACUGGCGUCGUCACCGUGUGGAACGCGCGGGAGCAGCCGAGACACGGAUCGGUGGAACCUGUGCGUAUACUGCAGACAGUCUCUCCCGGGAUCUCGUGUGUGGCCGCCUCUGCCUUGUAUCUUGUGCAUGGAGGUAGCGACGGCCUGGCGCAGGCUUGGGACCCUCUGGCUUCCACACUGGAGCCUAUACGGACUCUCAAUGCCCGGUCCAACGGUCGGGUCCCUCGCCACAUGGUGGCCAUGAAUCCAACGCUCGGCCAAGGCAGCUAUUCCGCUGUGGGGGCCAUCUUCCUUGACCCAGAUGCCACCGUUUUACGAGGAAUCUUGUCGUUCGGAGCGUUGAUGCGAUACUGGACGUACAGCUCAGCUGGCCACCCCACGGGUCGAAAGCGCCGAGCCCAUCACUCGGAUAUUCACGGCCGCAUCGCCAGUCGUCGGCUGGGAGGGACCGUCUCGGGCUACAUUGCGGCAGAAGAAGCCGAGCUGCGCCGGGAGAACGAGGCGCGGGCCAGGGAACAAACGCAUUUGCGGAAGCGAUUCGGGCUAGGAGCUCUUGGCGACCUCAGCGAAGAAGAGGCGCUGCGGUAUGCGCAAAUGGUGUCGGAGGAGGCGUAUCUGCAAGAGGAGCAGCGACGUGCGGCAAGCGACUCUGCGGCCGACAGUAGCCUGGAUACGGCAUCGUCGUUGGGCGAGGAGACGGCCACCGCAGAGAGCGAGAGCCCAGAUCGCAGCGUCGUGGUGAACGCGGGCCCGUCGCCUGCCGCCGCCAAUCCACGGAGAGAGAAGGAUGAGUACGGCGAUUUCGAGCAGCAGAUCCUGCAGGCCAUUCGCUUGUCGCUGCUUGAGGCGGUAAACGAGGUCGGUCCGUCUCCUCGGGCAAAUAACGCAGGCGAGUUGGACUACUCCAUCAAGGUGGAAUGCAAGAGAGGCAGAAGGGGCAAGCCGUCAGCUUCUCCCGGGAGGUUGCCCGCUUCGACGAAUCGCACGGCCAUGGAUGGAAGCGCAGCCGCAGGGUCAAUGGCCCAAGCCCCUCCUGCGGCGGCGACGGCCGAAGACGAGCACCUCGCUCUUGCAUUGAGCCUGAGCAAGCAGGAUCAGGCAGUUGGUGCGAAGGGGGGAGCCGGAGCAGACGUGACGGUUGAAGAGGACGACGAGUUUCCCCCUCUGGCGACUGAAGCCGCGGGCAAGGGAAAGAGGGCACAGCGCUGGUAG